CGGUGAGAUUCCGAAUAAGGAAAAGCGGAGACAAAAACCCAAAGUUUGCGUGAAGCUCUGAAAGAAUUCUUCGAAGAAAUCCGAAGUGGAGAAUAAUGGAAAGCAGCAGUAGCAGAUUCAGCGCCGAAGAGGUGAUUUCAAAGCUUAAGGACGAUGGGGACUUCGACAGGCUUCGCCUCAAGAUCAUCCGCAAGCUCAAAGAAGAUGAAGACCUGCGUAAUAGUAUUAUUUCAAUGGUUAAGCAGUCAGAAACACUUAAUCGCCAAGGAGCUGACCAUUUGAAACCUAGACAGCUUUCAGAUGCCAUUCAUGAAGAGAUUGGGGACAAAGUUAUGGCCCAGAUUUCUGAUGGGGUGUGGACAGUGAUCAGAUCAAGUGAUGGCAUGAAAAGUGAGAUUACAGAUACAGUAAAAUCUGUGUAUGAUAAGUUAGCAAACCCAAAAGGGAAGGAAGUGGACGAGUCAUCCCUUGCUAGUGACCCGAGAUCAGUUGACAAACAAACUGCCAGAAAUGAUACACUCACAGUCUCUAUCUCUGGAAGAGAUGAUACAUCAUCAGACAGUGAUCCAAAAGAACCACCUGGUUUCUCCCCACCUGAUCAUCAGCUAGCCAAAAUCCAACAGGAAGAACCGGAAGAACACCUGCAACUUCCUGUGCAUCACCAAGAAAAACAUGUGGAAGGACAAAAGGAAGAGCCACAGCAUACGCAUGCAGAGUUGCAGAUGGAUGAUGGUGAUCCCAGUGUCCCACCUGGCUUUGGUGCAGUUUUAUAUCACCAGCAACCAUGUGAUGGUAGUGAUGAUGAUCCUGAUGUGCCUCCUGGUUUUGGUUGAUUGGCUAGCACACAGGCCCUUGUCUGUUGUCACACUACCAUUGAACUAAAAGAUGUUGCUGCCAUUGUUUAGUCGUGUUACUGGAAUGUAAUGUACUUACCAAGACUAGCUUACCAUGCACUGCAAAUUUUAAAUGGGAUUUGAUGAUCAAGGAGAGAUCAUGUAAAAGUACUUGUUGGAUGGUUUGAAGCUCCAACUACUACCAAUAACUCUUUCUACUUUAUCUGUCACUUUAUUUUGCUCUGUUUUAUUUCUAGGCCCCUCUGUAUCAAUGAAUCCUCU